CUGAUGCAGCACUUGGCAAAGCUUUCGUACAGUUGACAAUCAACGAGACACAUGCUGAGUGCGACUAGCCUACUGCAUAGGACGUUGGUCUGCAUACCUCGAAGAGGUGCUGUGUUAUCCCUACCUUUCCCCUGCACCUGCGCCAGACACCGCGUUUUCUUUUCGUACGGUCCAACACGAUUGUCAGUAGGGAGGCUGGGCCCUAAGUGCACACGCAUCCCUCUCGCGUGUCACAGAGUGGCUGCUUUCCACGUGCGUUGGCUCUGUUCCGUUCCUAUACCAGAUGAUAACUGCAAGCACGAGGAAGACUGGUUUAGUGAGAAGCCAGUGGGACCUGGGCCUGUCGCUCCUCCGACGGACAAGGACGCACCCGCGAAGAAACCUCGGGGCACCGUCGCAGAGUAUGUGGAUUUUCUCGCAGGAGAGCUGUGCGUGAGUAGCGACCGAGCAGCGAAGAUCCUGAAGGAAUGCAAGGGUCUGACGUGCGUGCCGACGUCGGCCCUACGCGCCGCGUUCAAGACGUUGGACGGCUUGGGGUACAGCCGGACGGACGUCGCUGACCACGCCAAGGUGCUCCUCCUCAGCGACAUGUCCAUCGAGAAGCGCGACGUCGCGUUUCGCGAGAUCGGUUUCGCCGACGUCACGCUGGACAUGCUCGUCAAGUACAAGACGAUAUUCUACACGACGCCGGCGAAGGGUGGCGCGCUCUGGCGGUCGCUCCGCACCGCGCUGCAGCUUUUUGAGUACGACACGACCGCAGAGGCGUUCGUCGAUCUCUAUCCGGAGCUGAAGAACGGCUCGCUGUACACGCUGCGCCGCGUCCUGCGCAGACAUUACCUCGUCGAUCGCCUGCGGUGCACGCCACCCGAGACAGCGCAGCUCGGACAGUGCUACUCGCGCACGAACCUGACGGUGAUCAAGCACAACCUGGACCUGCUGCUGAACGAGGUCGGCUUCACCAUCGACAAGAUCAAACGCAACCGCUUUCUGCUCGACAUCAAGACGGCGAACGCUCGCCGCGUGCUGCGCGAGAUGCCGCGGUUGCUAGGCGACGACUUCCCCGUGCUGCGCGUCGUAUGGGCGCACCCGAAGAUCCUCUAUCAGACCGUCGAGAACGUGACGUGGACGAUCGAAACCCUGCUGCGCGCGGGGGUGACGGCCCGCCAGGUGGCGCUGAGCGGCGCGAUUCUGACGCUGCAUCCGGCGACGGUGGCGUCGCGCAUCGAGCGGCUCGAGCGCAUCCCUGAGGUGAGCCUCAUGCGCACCGACGACAAGUACGUGAACCUGAUCCACCACUUCAACAAGGUGUCGCGACGCCUGCAGCAGCUCAAGGACCUCGACUACCCCUACGUGUCGCUGACGAUGCUCUACUCCGCCGAGUCGCUCUACCGGCGCGCGCUCGAGAAGGGCUGGAACAGCGGCGCCCUCUUGCAGUCGGCGCGGUUCAUCCGCGCGCGCUGUGGCGGAGAUGAGCGCGUGAUCGUGCGCCGACUGCGGGAGCAGUGCCGGCACACGCGUCUCGUCAACCCGGCGAACGCGCGCGCCGUCAUGGAGCAUCUAUUCGCAGCCGGCGUGACGACGGAACAGUUUGUGCGCGCGGUCGGCGUCGUGCAGUACGACAUCGCGCUCGUCGAGCACCACUGGGGGGCGCUGUGCGCGGCGGAGGAGCUGCGGCCGCUCGCUGAUUGGCUCGCGCACGACAACCUCGUUCAUCUGCUCAUCUACUACGUCGAACGCGACAUGGGCUACAUCGACCUCGAGCACGCGAGGUUCGAGAAGUUUGCGCCGGCGUACGCGAUGAUGCCGGGCGUGGCGUGCGGCUCGGCGAUGGAGGGAGGCGGGGCGGAGCGCGAGGACGACGACGAGGAGAGGGAAGAGGAAGGGGAGGUGGAGGAGGAGGAGAAAGAGGAGAAGAAGAAACGUGGAGAUGUGGAUGAUUGGUAUAGGUGACACAGGGAGCAGGGGGAUAGGUGACACAGGGAGCAGGGGGAUGGGUGACACAGGGAACAGGGGGAUGGGUGACACACAGCAUGACGAUAGAUGACACAGCAUGACAAUAGGUGACACAGCAUGACAAUAGGUGUCACAGCAUGACGAUAGGUGACACAGCAUGACGAUAGGUGACACAGCAUGACGAUAGGUGACACAGCAUGACGAUAGAUGACACAGCAUGACGAUAGGUGACACAGCAUGACGAUAGGUGACACAGCAUGAUGAUAGAUACACAGAAUGACGAUAGAUGACACAUAGCAUCGACGAUGAGAUGACACAUAGCAUGACGA